UUGUAGGGAGCGGUAGCACCAGCGCGCCCAGGAGGCUGUGCGAGAGCCGGGGAGAAUGGCGGCCAUUCUCUCGGCCUCUCGCGUCUCGAUAUUGACGGCCUCCCGUGCCUCCAUAAUGACGCGACUCGGAACGACGGCUCGUGCGUCGUGCAGUCGCCGAUUGCUCUCCGUGUCUUCCGCUCGUCCGGCCUCUUCGGCCUGUCCACUUCCCUCCUCGCGCGUUCCCGCCAGCCGUCCCUCGAUAGUAGCACUCAGGCAGAUUUUGUGCUUCGCGCCGCCCGUAGCGCAUCCAUCAGCACGUGCUUGCGGCGAGAUUCUCGGAUCCUCCUAUUGGGGAGCUCGAUUUUGCAUCAACGCGCAUUCACCGCCGCUUUUCCCACCGGAUAUUACGGCUGCCAAUAGUCGGCGCAGCAUUUCCACCAUUCAUCUGCCAGGCUCGGCCCAACCCAAGCCUGAGCCUCGGCAGCAGCCGCCGAACCUGCUUCCGAACCUGACCGUAGCUUCGGUAACGCGGGGAACUUCGAGGAGGUGUUCGAGACCCAGGUCAAGCCCGCGCUGCUAGCGGCUGACUUCGUUUGUCUGGAUCUGGAAAUGAGCGGUCUAGAUUCGGGUCGUUCAGGCGGCCGUUGGAUGCGGACACUGUAGCAACGCGGUUUCUCCACGGGCGGCACAGCGUGAUGCAGUAUGCUGUGAUGCAGCUGGGGGUGUGCACGUUCAGAUGGGACGAGGAGCGGAAGGAGUUCAUUGUUCACCCGUUCAACUUCAAGGUCUUCCCCCGGUCGGAGAUCCCGGGCUUUAAGGGCGUGCCAGUGCACUCCUUCCAGUGCCAGCCGUCCUCUCUGGAGUUCCUUGCAGCUCACCACCUCGACUUCAACAGCUGGGUGCAGCACGGGAUCUCGUACCUGUCCCACGAGCAAGAGGAAGCCGCAUGGAAGUUUCUGGACCUCCCUCCCCCAUCAGCCACAGCAACCAAUAAGGGCUCAGCUCCCAGCCAACAAGGCAGCGCUGACGUGGCACAGCCCACCAAUCACACGCAAGCCAGCACAAGCAGCAGCAGCAGCAGCAGCCGAUACAGCUGGCGUGACAGCGGCGACCGAACCGACCCGUCCUCCGCUCCCUUCCCGCGCGUGCAAUUUGCCAUGAAGAGCCUAUCGCGCGUCGACAUGUGGCUGGCGCGGCUGAGAGCAGCAGCGCAGGUUCAGUCUCAGGCGAGGGAGCUUGCCGGUGGUGGUGUGGGGGAUGGUGAAGGGAUGGUGCAGGCGAUGGUGCAGGCCAUGGUGUAGGGGUGGGUGCAGGGGUGAGUG